CUCUCUGUGAAAGUUUCUACACAUAAUUUUUUUUUAUAAAAGCAUAAUGCUUUGCCUUGGUGAAUCUUUUUGAUGUGUUUUUAUCUUAAGAUAUGGUUAUUUCACUUAGACUUGAUUAGUACCACUAUAAAUGGUCUAGUGUAAUUACAUCUGUCUGAAAUUGGCCUAGUGUAAUUACUCCUUUUCUUUCGUGACUGUUCUUUUAAAGCGAAAGGCAGAACCUUUUCGUUUUAUCCAUAUAGCUCACAAGUCAACGUUGCAGUUUUUAAUUUGUUGCUCAAAAGAGCACAAGGUAACCAUAGUGUAAGACUUACUUUUAACAAACAAACGUCUUUAAAAAGUGGGCAAGAAGUGAUCAAUUUUCACUUCAGUUAUUUUUCACUGACUAAAAUUUUUUCCGUCUCUUUUUUUAUACCAACUAACCAUUUUUACCGACGUUAAAUUUCAGCGACCAAAAUUCUUUCCGACUAUUUUUUAUACCAACUAACGACUUUUACCGUCUUUAUUGUUCACCGACCAAAAUUUUUUGCGGCGCAUUAGGCACCAAAAUGCGUCAAAAAUAAGAGGGUUUCUUUGUUUACAUUUUAUAAUAUUCAAAAUUGAGAAUUUAUAAAUUCCCUUUGCAUGUAGCUUAUCCAUUUUAUUUCAAAUAUUUUGGCUUUAAAAUUUUUUUCUCCAUAAAUGUUUUUAAAAUUUAGGUGAUAAAAAAAUUCUGUGCACGUGACUAAUAUUUUAGGUUACUAAACUUUUUUUUCAACGUUUUAGCGAUAAGGUAGUUAAAGAUGUCAACCGCUGCCGGGAGAGCGACUAUUAGCGAUGAAGAUCGGGAGUUUGCUACAAAGUUUUACGAUAAACUGUAUUCAAACUUGGAUGAUUUAACAGCCGGCUACAAUGAGCUUGCUCCUAUCUAUGAUAGGGUGGCUUCCAUAGUUCAAUUCGAUUCUCCGAAGCGGCUCGCCAACGAGUUAGCUAAAUUGUUAAAACAUAAAAACUUAGAAAAACAAAAGAUUUUAGAUGUUGGAUGUGGUACAGGUAGUCUUGGAAAAUCUCUAGUUGAAGAAGGAUUUAAAAAUAUCGAUGGAUUAGAUAUACCUGAGAAAUUUUUGGAGAUGUGUAAAGAUUCAAAAUGUUACAAGAAAUUGUACAAAGUUUCACUAACAGCCAAUCCAACUCCUGGAAUUGAGGAGAAUACAUACGACAUUGCUAUUUCCACUGGAUGUUACAUCGUAAAUCACAUUUCAAUGGAUACGCUAUUUGAAUUGACACGUAUAGUAAAACCUGGUGGUUAUAUAUUCUACACACUUCAUGACCCUAACUACACGAUGGAUUAUAUGAAUUGGCAUGGAAAGAUAAUGAAAGAAAAGAAAGCUGAAUUGAUCUCGAUGACUUUGGAACCAUACAAAUUGGAGUCACGAAAUGAUUUCAAGUUAAGCUACGGUUACUUCGUGUUAUUUAAAGUUUUGUAAUUUCUUCGUAGCACUUUACGUCCAUUUCAUAUAUAGUAAAAUAUCCUUUUAAAAUACAAUGCGUUUUUGUUACACUACAAUUUCGUGCGAAGCUUUAUUUUUUUUUUUCGCGCCGUUGAGUACAAUAUCGCGCUUGACUAAGGCCUGUUGCGUUUUUUAUAUAAGAAUGAAACGUGUACGUGGUGAAGCAAAGCUAAAAAUCAUCCGAAAUUAAGCAUGCAGAGAAAAUAAUGUAUACGUGACGUUUUCGAUCAAAGAUGGUGAUAUACCCUCAAAGGGUUUCGCGGCCAAAUGGUUUCGAAGUUUUGAGCCUUCUCCGCAAAAGUUAAUUGCGCGAGAUUUUUCAAAAUCCGUCAACCACGAAGUUUAUUCCCGCGAUAUUUUCAGGGAAUUUGAAUUGAGGGAGGCUAUGGCUUAUCUUGAGAAUUCACCUAAAAGCCUGAUAGCAAUCAUGGCUGUAACCAUCCUAACAAAUAAACUUUUAGGUCAUUGGAUGAAUCAAAAUCGAUGUUACCAACAACAUUCAGAUACUUCUUGAUGACGGCUUUUGCGGCGGAAACAGAACUGAACCUGGUGAUUACUGCUCCUUAGUUGCUUGCUGCUAAAAGAUACUUCUGUACCAUCGAGUCAAGUUCACCUAGCAGUAGUGAUUGACCAGCUUUGCUUCUGCACUUUAGAAUGACUUUUAUUCGUGUUAUGUCCCCAGGAUCUUGUGACCCCUGAGCCGUUAUUACGCGAAAUAGGUUGCACAUAUUUUUAUACAUUAACUCUAAACUCUUAGCUAUCUCUAAUGACAAAAACUUUGUUAUUUACAAUUUGCUGAUUAAAAUUUUAACGACUUAAAUUUUUUUUAAAAGAUUUAAUUUUGAAAACAAUAGUAAAAACAAAAUCAAUUAUUACAUUAAAUUUGUUCCAAUUAGAUUCUAUUAUUUUUUGCUAAACGCCAAAACGUUGGUGGUUGAGACGGAGCGUCGCACCAUUUGAAGAUGUUAGUAAAUACUGAAUACAUUUUUAA